AUGACGGCUGUGCAUACGGUCUCCUAUGCCCGGCCAAGUAAUGAAAACAUCAAAGGCUCAAAUCUUUAUGUGUCCGGUAUUCCAAAGUCAAUGACAUUAACCGAAUUGGAAGCGAUUUUUCGGCCAUUUGGACAAAUCAUCACAUCGCGGAUCCUCUCAGACAAUGUCACGGGACUGUCGAAAGGUGUUGGCUUUGUUCGAUUCGACAAGAAGGAAGAGGCUGAGCUCGCCAUACAAACUUUGAAUGGCACUAUACCAGCCGGUUGUGUGGACCAAAUUACGGUGAAAUUCGCUAAUAAUCCUGCCAGUAGCAGCGCCAAAACGGCUCUACAAGAGCUCGAGGCAGCUCAACAAGUAGCAGCUUCUAAUCUAGUACCGCUUUCAUUAUUGGGAGCAGCCGCACCCCUUCGAUCCGCUAUCGGACCGAUACAUCAUGCUCCUCUCACCGCAAAAUAUAGGUACUCUCCUCUUGCACAUACAAUACCCUGCGGUGCCGCUCCUGCCAUAACGGCUCAGACCACAGCUGAUUAUCUCACGACCAUGCUGCAAAUGAGCCAAAUGAACGCACUGGCAGGUGAUUUUCUGAUCUCUUCCUUCAUAUUUUUUGUAUGUUGCACAAAUCGUAGUUAG